UCUUUCUUUCUUUCUUUCUUUCUUUCUCUCUUUCUUUCUUUCUUUCUCUUCAAUAUGCUUAAAUCAUCAAAAAAAUCAGAUUCUUUGCACUUAUCUUCAAAUAGUGGUUAUGAGUCUGAUUCCUCUGAAGAAGGAAGACAAACACUUCCAAACCAAAAACUAGGCUUACGAGUCAUAAAUGCAGAAAUUAGUGACGAAGAGGACUCAGCAAGUAUAAAUAAAGAUUUAAUAACACAAAGGCCUAUUUCUCCACCCCUUACUGCAUCACCUCCUUCUUUUCCUUCAACUGGAAACACCCCUCCAUCUCCUCCUGUUCGAGCACAAAGAAAGACAUCUUCUCUAGAAGGUAAUACACUGCGUUACAAGCAAGAUGUAACCUCGGAUAACAAAACCACACUCUCCCGUACUUCUUCACGAGCCAAUUCUGAGAAGACAGGUUCAAUAAGGACAUCCACACAAAUGGCAAUGGACUAUGCAAAUCAAAAUACGUCCAAAUAUUCCAAAGUGUCAUAUCAUUUAACCCAUGAUCCCACAGCCAUUAAGCGGUACCGAGAAAUGGCAGAAAAGACACGAGACACAACCACACAAUUGGUGUUUGCUAAAUACCUGUUGGAAACAGCCAAUGCGUUUUACCCCAAUAAUGAUGUGAACGCACCACCUAAAAUUGUCGGAAGUAUGUGGGGAGUGGGCACAAAGGAUACACAACGUCCAGAACCUUUUAUUGUGGUACCUGUACCAGAAGAUGCCUUGUCAUCCAAUUCUAUAUCGAACAGUGGUACUUACUCCACGCAACUCACAACAGCAACGACGAUAGUGUUAAAGCAACAAGCGUAUAUCAACACCAACCAUCCUAAAAUAGCACCUGUGGGUGUGAAUGAACCUCAACUAAAGAAACGAAAAGUAUUGGAAGAUGAAGGAAUCAAAUGGACUAAGCGACUCGCUAAAGCACAAGUACCAGAAGCAUGUUAUAUGGAAGCAAGAUGGAUGGAUCUGGAAGUGUAUGGGUUUAAAAAGAACAAGGCAAGGUCGUUUGAGUUACAUUUAAUUGCUGCUAAAGCAGGUAUUCCUGAAUCCAUGUUUGCAGCAGCUAAACAUCUCGAAAAAGAAAACCAAGAACCAGCUACUGUAUUAAAAUACUAUAGAGCCUCUGCUGACAAGGGAUAUGUUGAUGCUGUUUAUAAAAUGGCUACACUUGUGUUACAAGGCAAAUUAGGGUUAAAACAAAGUCUAGUAGAGGGACUCAAAUUGAUGCACAAGGCAUGUACGCUUUGUAAUCAAGAUUUCCAUGAACCAUUGUAUACAUUCGCAUUGAUGCUUACAAAUGAUUAUCCUCAAACCGACUUUCCAAGUGCUUUAACAGAGCCUUAUGGUGGCAAAGAAGCUGCUAUACUCUAUCUUGAAAGAGCAGCCAGUUUCAAUAAUUACGAUGCACAGAGCAGAUUAGGUUCUAUUUAUGAACAUGGCUUAUAUGGCGAAUCCAUGAAUUUCGCUCGUGCGUUUGAUUAUUAUGAAGCAGCUGCCAUGAAUGGAAAUCCAAAAGCCAUGUUGGGUCUCUGUCGUCUUAACAAUCGAGGAAGUCAUGGACCAGGUGAUAAAGAUGAGGGCGAACGACUAGAAAAUGAUGUCUCUGGUUGGUUAGCAGCAACACCAGUGAAUGAAGAUUUGGCUUUCUCUUGGUGUGAGAAAGCUGCCGAAGCUAAUUUACCUGAUGCAUUUGCACUUCUGGGGUGGUUUUAUGAAAGUGGUUUUGGUACACCGAGGGAUUUUAGUAAAGCAGAAGAAUACUAUCAAUUAGCAGCAAAAGCAGGAGAUAAGAGCGCAAGAUCAAGGUUACAGGAUACAAACAAAUCAAUCACAAAACAACAGCAUGAAGUUAUAAAUAAAAACCCAACUAACUCAUCACCAAAAAAGCAAUUAGAGGAUAAGAAAAAGAACACUUGUUUUUGCAUGUAAAAAAAAAUAAAAUAAAAUAAAAGACUCAUUGUGACAC